CCACGUCUUGACUCUGGAUCAUGCGUUUCGCACUGCGACCCCGGAGUGGCUGCUUGGUGCUGUGUCUUUCUGUCUCUCUGCUCACCCUGCUGCUGCAGAGCCUCUGGGUGCCUCCAGAGAUGACCAGGGAGGAGCCGGCAGGUGCAGGGAGGUCUCCUGAGGAACAGGGUCACCAUGGUCACAGCGUGCGAAGACUGGCUCUACGCUUAGAGGCUCUGAGCUCUCAGGUGCAGCGGCUAACGAGGGAGAGAGACGCUCCCCAGUCUGCUAAAGAGGAACUCACCAACCUUCUGCAAAGUCUCCGGCAGGACCAGGAGGGCUUGGUGCGGUCCGUGGAGAUGGAGCUACAGAGAAUGGCCCAGAAACUGGACAGCCUCGGUCAUCAGUCCCACACACCGCGGCCACAAGACGACCACAGACCACAGACAGGUCUCCAUGAGGUUUGUGAGGUGCCCGAAGACCCUGUGUAUCCCCACUGUGCUGAGAAAGUUGAGUUCCUGCAAGCCCGUUGGGACUCAGACCCCUGCUAUGCUUUCUACGGGGUGGAUGGUACCACCUGCUCCAUCAUGACCUACCUGAGUGAGAGAGAAGACUUCUGUCCCCCCCGCCCUGGAAGAAACCAUUCAGCACUACCAUGGCACCAGCAACCACGCACCCACAAAGAGGAGGCAGAGAUCCGGACGACUCUGAGGCCGUUGUAUGAGGUGUUUGGUGGAAUUCAGGGUCCUGCAGGAAGGUUCAUCCGGUCCAGGGUGGAGAGGCUAUCUGCAUGCUGGAUAAAGGCAGGACACAGGAUACGAGAGAACACCACUAAGACGACUUCACUGCAGAAGAGGGUCCUGCUGUACCCGGGGGUCCUGUCUGGGGGUGCGGGCCAGCGGUUCGGGGCCAUGGUGGAUCGAGGGGGGCCUCUGGGGGAACUGGUGCAGUGGGCUGACCUCAGUGCCUCUCUCUUCAUCCUGGGUCACAAUCUGACCUUUACCACCUCCCAGAACCACCUGCACAGUGUGAUAGGUGCAGCCCCGGGCAAAGGAAGCUGCCCCAUCCAGAGGCCCCUGCCCUUUGACCUUAUCUAUACAGACUACCACGGCCUCGCCCAUCUCCAGGGAGCCAUGGGGCUGGCCUUCCAACACUACCAAUGCUGCUUCCGAAUCCUUGACUCUUUUGGUACGGAACCGGCUUUCAACCUAGGGACGUAUGCCCGUAGCCACGGUUACAACACGCUAUGGGGAAGCUGGCAUCUACAGCCACUGCAGUACAUGACCAUGUUCCCUCAUACCCCUGAUAACUCGUUCCUGGGGUUUGUGAGCGAGGAGGUGAUGGUGGAGCAGGAAGAGAGGGAGGAGGAAGUGGAGCCAGGGCCAUACAGGAAGGACAACACGGCUGUGGUCUAUGGGAAACAGGACUACAUGUGGCAGGGCAAGGAGCGUUAUCUGGAGGUGAUCAGUCAGGAGCUGGAGACCCACGGCACAGUGUACCAGCCUCCAGGCCACUCCGCUCAGCUGCCCAGUAACAUUAUCAACCACGGCCUGCUGGCCCAGGAUCAGUUCUUACAGCUCCUCAGGAGAGCCAAGGUGUUUGUGGGCCUUGGGUUUCCCUAUGAGGGUCCAGCUCCUCUGGAGGCCAUAGCUUUAGGGUGUGUCUUCCUCCAGCCGCGCUUCCAGCCCCCUCGCUCCUCUGAAAACAGUGACUUCUAUAAAGGGAAGCCCACAACACGACAGGUCUCCUCCCAGCACCCCUAUGCCGAGGAGUUCAUCGGUAAGCCCUACGUUUGGACCGUGGACAUGACCAACACCACUGACGUUCAAGAGACAGUCAGGGCUAUUCUACGCACAGAGGUCAAGCCCUUCACCCCUCGAGAGUUCACCAGUGAAGGGAUGCUGGAAAGGGUCCAUGCUUACAUCACUCAUCAGGACUUCUGCAGCGUGUCCUUCCCUACCUGGCCACCUGAGAGCGCUCUGAGAAUACAUCUGGGCCCCCUGGGCCAGUCGUGUGCGAGUGUUUGUCGACGUGCCUCCCUGGUGUGUGAGCCGGCCCUGUUCCACCACCUCAACAACCCCGCAGCGUUCACCAGACUGGGCCUGUCCUGCUCCAGCACGGACCAGGAAGUGGACAACCAUCUAUUUCCUGCCUACAGCCCGUGGGGGCGUCGCUGCGGCCUGCAGCGGGAGCGUCUCCUGUUCAGCUGCGCUGGGUCCGACCCUGCCCACCGCAGACUGUGUCCCUGCAGGGCCCACCGGGCGGGACAAGUGGCGCUGUGUCCUGACUGCCUCUAAGGGGCAGACUCUCAGGAUUCUCAUUGGAGAAAAAGGAGGACAUGGAAGGUGGAAGUGUCCACAUGCAUCCUAUGUCUGGGGUCAUGUUCACUAGGCACGAGAUGAAAGAAAAAGCGCCGAAACUGAGUGAAAUGGAGAGGUGCUAUCUGAACUUGUCCAAUAGGAAACGCUUCUUUUAGUUUUCUAUUGCAAAAAUGUUUUGUUACAAUGUGCCCUGAUGAACACAACCCAAGGCUCUUCACUCACAGGAAAUGGAUGUCACGUUCCCGGUUUAUCUGAUAUCACUCAGGAAGAAAGAAGAUAUAGAGCCCUGAUCUGUCAUGUCUCCUCAGUUGCACAAAGGAACAGGAGUAAUGUAGGCAACAUACGUUUUAUUACAUUACUUGGCCUCACACAGGAUAUAUCAGUGUUGUGGCCUUUCAUUCCCUGUAAGGUGACCACAACCUUUCAUACCAGAGGUCACUCUAUGAUGAACUGAGUCAUGCCUCUGAGCAGGUUUACAACCAGAGUCCAUCACAUCACAUUCAAAUAAUAGGGCCAUCACUCAUUGAUUUGGGGUGUAUUUAAUGAGGUAAAACACAAUGUUGCAGGUGGAAAUGUGAUGUGAAGAGCUGACACGACCCACAGUUCCAAAUGACAAACAGUCAUACCUGAUCUACACAAUACAUUUAUAUCGUAACGUUCUCUUGAACAGACUCCCAUAGUAGUAGUGGACUGGGGUGUGUGGGAUUACUAGCCAUGUACAAUGUCGUGUCGCAUCGCCGGCCCUGAAUAUGACCUCCGUCCUCCUCGGACACGUGACAGAGUAAAUAAUGGGGGCCAGAGCCAUUUAGAACUUGUAAAUAUUGUUCUAAUUAUAGACAUUCAGUUACGUAGCAUUAAAUAUCCCCCAUGUAAUGUUAAUGGGGAGCUAAAAUGGCAGCCAUAGAAUGUUGAAGUGUCAUGGAAAUGCUUCAUAAUACAGAAAUCGCAUUGGCCCAACUCUCUAUAUACAGUGGGGAGAACAAGUA